CAUAGACGUACGGGGUAAUUCCUGCCGAAUGGUUGGCGGCUUAACUACGAUGAUGUGCCCGCUUGGUCAGUUGUUGAGAUCUCUCACAAAUUUUUCUGACCAGUGUGUUCCUCGAGUCCUCAAUCGCUGACACCAUGUCCAAGGUAUUCACUGCUGAAGAAGUGGCCAAGCACAACAGCCCCGAGAGCUGCUGGGUAGUGCUCUACGGCAAAGUGUACGACGUGACCGAAUUCCUCCCUUCUCACCCCGGCGGUUCCAAGAUUAUUGUGAAGCUUUCCGGCAAAGAUGCGACGGAGGAGUACGACCCGAUCCACCCACCGGGUAUCCUUGAGGAGAACCUCAAGCCCGAGAACUGCCUUGGCACCGUAGACCCCGAGUCACUGGCACUGCUACAAUCCGCUGCCGCGAAGGCUGCUUCACAGAAGCCUAGAGAGGGUCCCCCAAGACUGGAGACGCUGCUCAACAUUGAAGAGAUCGAGGAAGCUGCUACGAAACUCAUACCCAAGAAGGCAUGGGCGUACUACUUCUCUGCCGCUGACGACUUGUGGAGCAAGAGCAACAACAACAAGGCAUACAGGCAGAUCCUUCUACGGCCGCGGGUUUUCGUUGACUGCACGCAAGUUGAUACCUCUACAAACCUGCUGGGUCACCAUGUGGGAACCCCCUUGUUCGUGGCACCGGCCGCCAUGGCGAGACUCGCUCACCCAGAUGGCGAGCGAGGUAUUGCAAGAGCGGCGGCCAAGUUCAACGCGAUGCAAUGCGUAUCGAACAACGCGUCCAUGACCCCUGAGCAAAUCAUCGAGGGGUCACCCGAAGGCCAGGUCUUCGGCUGGCAGCUCUACGUUCAGAAUGACCGGGCCAAGAGCGAGGCUAUGCUGAAGCGAAUCAAUGCCAUGAAGGACCGGUACAAGUAUAUUACCUUGACUCUGGAUGCCCCAUGGCCCGGGAAGCGUGAGCUCGACGAGAAGCAGCAGUUCGAGGGCGCAUUCGAGGUCGAGUCCGAGUCCAACUCUAAGGAGGACGAGGCGAAGCGGCCGGGCGGCGGCGGUGUUGGCCAGCAGCUGUUCUUUGGCACGGCGGCUGACCUGACAUGGAAGACGACCCUCCCUUGGCUGGCACAGCACACCGACUUGCCCAUCGUCUUGAAAGGGCUGCAGACGCACGAAGAUGCCUACCUAGCGGCGAAGUACGCCCCGCAGGUAAAGGCCAUCAUCCUGUCGAACCACGGCGGUCGCGCCCUUGAUACGGCCCCUCCUGCAGUCCACACGCUGCUCGAGAUCCGCAAGUACUGCCCCGAAGUAUUUGACAAGAUCGAGGUCUGGGUCGACGGCGGCAUCAAGCGCGGAACCGACAUUGUCAAGGCUUUAUGCCUGGGUGCAAAGGCUGUCGGCGUCGGUCGUGCUGCGCUGUUCGGUCUCGGUGCCGGCGGCCAGGCCGGUGUUGAGAGGACGUAUGAGAUUCUCCAGGCAGAGAUGGAGACAUGCAUGAGACUGCUCGGCGCCAAGAGCGUCAGCGAUCUGGGCCCCCAUUUUAUCAACACCCGCGCGGUGGAAAGAGACAUCUUCGACGGCGAGUCUGGGAUCGAGAAUAAGGUCAGCCUUUGGGUGAAGUCGAAGCUGUGAUACAGACGCUCGAUUGAGCUAGUUACUGGGAACUGAGUUGGAACAGCCAAGGAGGGCCGCAUUUCCCAGUUUGCGUCGGGCGGACGAGGGGUAAAUGGCAUCGUUUCGUCGUGAAGCCGAGCAACUGCAUGCGUAAAGCAUCGACGAAUGGAGGUGGGAUGCAUCUCACUGAGUUCGGGAUAUGUCUAGAUCCUUUGAGAAGUCGAGAUGAGACGAAGCGGUGCAGAAUGCAGAAGGGGGUCCGGAGCAGAACAAGGACUGAUACCAGGCAUAUACAACAUUGUCACGAUCCUGCUCGCUCUGUCAUUUUGGGCGGGCAUCGUAGAAUCAUACACAAGGCUCCUUUGGGGAGAAAGAUAUAUGAGGGGUUUGGGUUUCUUGCGAAUUUAGACUUUGGAUGCCAGUACACAUACACACAUACACACACAGAGAGAGAGAGAGAAGUACACCACCAUCAUCGACAUCCAUUUUUACCAUCUCGUCACUGGCCGGUCCGACGUGCCCCAAAUUCCCUCGGUACAACGACACGACAAAGUUUCUUUCGUUC